UAGGCCGAGCAUGGCGUCGAUGGUGCGGUGGAGCUUCGCCAUGAACGGGUGGGCGAUUCCGGGACAGAAUACGUCCCGAUCCCCGCCUGCGAGCGACCUCAGACACCCGUGGUUCGGACACGAUGCUGAGCGGACGACUUGCCUGGUAGUAGACCAGCUGGUGUUCGCAGUCGUCCUUCUUGAGCAUCGAGAAGAAGUUCACCACGUUCGAGUUCUGGGAGCCGAGAAGCUUACAUCGUCGUCGAAACAGUCCCCUGUCCCAUCGAACGCGAGGACGAGAGUGCGAUGUCUGUGCGUCGGUGGUACAGUGCGCUCGAGAUUGAAUCGA